GGCGGACGUCAAAUGGUUUUGGUUUUUCGAAAUUCUGACAAGAUUUCAUCGAUUAUAAGACAAUAAAGGCUUCAGUAAUUGAAUAAAGUAUACUUAUACAGGACAUGCUUCAGACUCUGUAUCACCAUGACAACUGUACACAUGAGUAAACAGGAGGAGGAAGAUGCCGUUAAGGAAAUGUGUACAAACAAUGGCCUAAGCUAUGAUAACCUAGCGAAAGAUGCUGGGAGUGUACACUUCCUGGAUGUGUUCUUCAACAACUUCACCAAGAUGGUGGGCAUGCACUAUUUCACAAACCUCACCAAGUUGUGUAUCAUAGGACAGAACAUACAGACUAUUGAAGGACUAGGUGCCAUGAAGAAACUAAGAGAGCUUUGGGUGUGUGAGACACAUUUAAAGACCAUCAGUGGCCUGGGAAACUGCAAAUUGCUGAAUCGGUUGUAUCUCUAUGACAACAGGCUUACAAAGAUAGAGAACCUAGACAAUCUUACCAUGCUAGAAUAUUUGUGGCUCAAUGACAACCAAAUAAGAAAUAUAGAUGGUACUUCUUGCCUCACAAGACUGAAAGAAUUGAACAUAGCUGACAACAAGAUAGAAAAGCUAGGUCAUUCACUUGAUUCUAACCUGAAGUUGGAGAAUCUGAACUUGUCCGGCAACAAAAUUUAUUCAUUCAAAGAUCUCACACAUUUACAAAGGCUUCCUAAUCUCAAGCACCUUGGCUUAAAGGAUCCUGGCUAUGCUGCAAACCCUGUGUGUCUUCUGUGUAACUACUCAACCCAUGUGCUCUAUCAUCUUCCGAAAUUAGAGGUUCUCGAUACGCAUGACGUCUCCAGUAAAACACUAAGAGAACUUGCAGAGACAACUGUUGUUAAAAAGAAGAUGUACUAUAACAUGCGCGUGAAGACUAUGCGCAGGAAUAUGUCCAAGAUAGUGACGAGUUUGAACUCUGCUUGUGAUGAACUGCUCAAGAUUCCUCAUGAAAGGCUGAAAACUCUGAUAUAUAAUAUGAAAGAGAUUGAACGUCUUUCUAGUGAGUUCAGGCAAUGUCAGGAGAAUGAAGGGGGAAAUGAGAGUGGUACAGAGAGUGAGAAAGAUGCAAAAGAAGCAGAGGCGGCUGAUAGUAGCAAACUUAUUGUUGAUUACAAGAAGAAGAAUGACUUCAUACAGGAAAGAACCAAGAAAUGGUACAAGAAAUGUGAAGAGUUGCAGUAUUACUUUAAUGAGGCCCUGGGAAAACUACGCCAAGUCACAGAGCUCACGAUAAAUCGUUUAGUGGCUGAACUAGAAACUGGUGGGAAUGUUAGAUUUGAAGAUGGGAUGGCUUCAGAUGUUUGGUUCAAGUCCUGUCAUGAUCUGAUCUUGUCAAGGUUCUGUGCAGCUGACUACAAAGACAGGGGAAUAUAUGGUGUGAGGAUACAUAGAAUAACACGUGUACAUAAUAGAAUUCUACGCAGCAAGUUUGAUGAUAAACUCUCAACUUUACUCGAUGAUGAUGAUAAUUACUUGCCAACAACUAGAAGUGAUUCAUACAAGAAGAAGCUUGAGUAUUUGUUCUGGAAGUGGGACCCAGAGUUGCCUGGUGGCCUCAAUGAACCAGCCAGGCUAUUGGAGGAGGGCUUCAUGGAUGCUGACACCUACAAGCAACUAGGGAAGGAUGGUGCUGUACCUUUGACCAACAGUCUUACCAUAGCAGAUCAGCACAGGAUAGAAUACCUCACCAAACAGGCUAAAAACAAGCCAUAUCAAGAUACAUGUCCAUAUAGACAUGGGGUCCUGGUUGUAGCAAAGGUUUACCUGGGUAAGAGUGAAAAGGCUGCUACAUCUGACAACAACAAAUUGAUAUUUUCAUCCAACUACAAAGAUGUUGAAACAGUCUACAGACCCAGGACACAGGUUGAUAAAGUAGCCACAAAUUCUGGUGGACAUGUUGAUAUGUCAGAUUCUGGCAAGACUCAAGCAGCAUUGAUAGCUGGGAGUACUACUACUAGCACUACAUCUUGUGAUUGCCUAUCCCGACAGUGUGAGUGGUUCGUCUUUGACCAUGAAAUGGUGCUACCAGAAUAUGUCAUAGACUUUGAGUACAUUACCAGGUUUAAACCAAAGAAUCCAUUCAUGGGAAUAGUCGAUGGGGACAGUGACACUCUGGAUGUUAAGGGACUGGUAAACACUGGGGCAGUAGAUGACAGUAAUGAUGAUGAUAUACUCAACAUGACACCACAAGUUAAAACUAGACCAAGAAUUGUUCAGUUAACUGAUGAGACUAUCCUAAAGCACUGCAAUGUCCACUCAUUGCUAGAUAUUGUAGAGCUUAACUUACAUGGCAAUGGACUGACACGUCUCAAGAACUUGGCUUCAUUGCCUCAAUUGAGGAAACUAAUUGUCAGCUUCAAUGAGCUUAUGAAAUUAGAUGAUAUAACACAUUUGGGUUUGGAAUAUGUGGAUGCAAGUCAUAAUAAAAUAAUGACCCUUGAUGGAAUGAAGGGUAUGACCAAACUGAAGCACCUGGACCUGAGUUGGAAUCUGCUACACUCAACCAGAGAAGAACUGUCGAUCUUACGCAAACAUACUCCUCACUUGGAGUUCCUGAAUACCUUACAUAACCGAUGGCAGAAGGAGGAUGGUCUUAGAUUACGUGCAAUAGGUCGACUGAAGUCAUUACAGAUGUUAGAUGGCACCCCAGUCAUUGAAUCCGAGAACACGGCUGCCUUACGUAUGGCUGCAGGAUCCAGAAUAUCUCAGGUGUCGCUACUGGCUCAGUCAAGAACUGACCAAUCACGGCCAAGGAGCCUCAGUUUGAAUUCCUACGCUCAAGUACUUGCUCAAACUAGUCGACAUAAACCUGAUAGAGUUGGGGAACAAGACAACUUAUGGUACUCUAAGGUGACAACAUUAAACUUAGAUGGCCAGCAUAUCUCAAAACUUUCUAACCUUGAACGACUGGAGAAUCUCAAGUGGGCGUCAUUCAAUGACAAUGACAUCACUAAAAUAGAGGGCUUAGAUGCCUGUGUUAACCUAGAAGAGCUGUCCUUGGACAAAAAUUGCAUCAGUCGGGUAGAGAACCUUGGUAAACUAACAAAGCUACGACGUCUGAGUCUCUCAGAGAACUACAUUAGCACCUUGGAGAAUGCCGGCCUAGAGAAGCUGGUACAUCUGCAUUGUCUCGCUGUAGACAACAAUAAACUAACAACAUUACUAGGGCUGCAUAGGGUCUCUACACUCAUUGAGCUGUAUAUUGGCAACAAUAAUAUCACAAAUAUAAGAGAGAUUUUCCAUCUUAAGAAUCUGAACAACUUUGUUAUCCUGGAUUUAUAUGGUAACCCAGUAGGGCAGAGUACGACCAACUACCGACUGUUUGUCAUCUAUCACCUCAGGACACUCAAAGCUCUUGAUGGAAUUGCAAUAGAGUCUUCAGAAGCUAACAAUGCUAGGGAUAUGUUUGGUGGUCGCUUGACGCAGGACUUUGUGGCAGAGAAAUUAGGACAUUCCAACUUCACUCACGUCAGGGAGCUUGACUUUCCCAGUUGUUCUGUCAGGACCGUUGACCUUGGUAGUCUAGAGCAAUUUGUUAACCUUAGGAGUGUUAACUUAGAGCAGAACAACUUAACAAACUUCAGUGGUCUUAUAUACCUUGUCAACCUGAGAGUCUUGUGUCUGAAUAACAACCAUAUAGAGUGUAUAGUACCCCGGCCAAAGCAACCGUCACAGGGUGCAGGAGCUAACAGACAGAAGGGAUCCCAAGUUAUGUCCAGUAUACUAAAUCCUGAGCAAUACACUCCUAUACUAGAGAAUCUGGAAGUCCUACAUCUGGGUCACAAUGGAAUCAAGGAUCUCGGUGCCUUACAGCUUAGCAGACUCUCAUCACUCAAAGCACUGUUCCUCCAAGGUAAUGAGAUCAGUAAGAUAGAUGGUCUAGAGGGUCUUCAGGACCUAAGAGAGCUAGUACUGGACAGGAAUAAGAUCAAAUGUGUGUCAGAGGAGUCAUUCAUUAACCAGUGGAACUUACAGGAGCUACAUAUGGAGGAGAACAGGAUCAAGGAGCUCUCCAACAUGGCAUGCCUGGAGAACCUGCAACGUUUGUACCUGGGCAUGAAUAGAAUACAGGAUAUCUCAGAGCUUGAGAAACUAGAAGUGCUCCCAAAUAUGAUAGAACUAUCUGUUGUCAGUAAUGCAGUGUCGCGUAGACUUCUCCACAGGCCAAUGUUGGUGUACAGGAUGCCCAAUCUGAUGAUUAUAGAUGGCAUAGCUGUCACUGAUGAGGAACGUACCAAAGCAGAACUGUACUUUAUGGAACAACAGGCCCCUCAAGCCACCACCACCAUGGAGACAGUACUACCAGGUAUAGGACAGUACAAGAUGCAGAUCCCAGUCAAGGUGACCAACAUGCAGCUUGCCCAGCCCCCUGAGAAACCCUGGCCCACCUAUACUACAGCCACAGGGGAGGAGGUGAUGAUACAACCCACAGAGCAGGUUCCCCCACCUGCUCUACCCAGAGGUGCAAAUCGUAGGAGGGCUGGGAAUAGACCUAAUGAGGCUAUGAUGUCAUCAAGUAACAAUGUCAGGCAAGGAGCAGGGAACAUGCAACAAUUCUCAGCUGGGAGAGGAAAUUAUUCAAACACAGACUAUGGUCACCAGGAUAACAGAUAUGGAAUAUAUCACAGAGGAAACAUAGGAGGCAACCAAAGAAGAUAAGGGGCUGACAUGUUGCAAUCCAGGGGCAACUCACUAGACAUUCCAACUUGUGUAAAUACUAAAUAUUGAAGAUAUGCAUCACAACAAACUUGCCAUGGAGAUUUCUACAAUGCAGUUUAGCUAGAUAGUUUUAGGUUUCAUUUGAAAUCAUAUCUUGCUCAAAGUUUUCAUAAAAGCUUCACCUUAGCCACCAAAACAUUGACAUUGUAAUUGGGUCCCCAAGCUGACAGAAGGGACUUUCAUGAGUGAAUGAAGUUAUGAACGGAAUCAUUUUCAUGUGCUGAUAGGUGGCGCCAUCUUUAUCAAGUUUUAUCAUACACAGUACUUUGAAAAAUCAGAGUUAAGAUUGUGCAAAGUGAGCAUACUGAUUACAGUCCCAUAAUAUAGAAAGAAAGACAUAUAUAUAUAGAAAGACAUACAGAAAGACCUUUCUAUUCUGAAUGCCACUGGACUGAAAAAAAUGUCCUGAUUCGCAGGUGUUCACAUUUCA